GAAGUGAACGUUUCGCACGGAAGGGGCGGAGCCUGGGCCGGCGGGCAGCGGCUCGGCGGCGGCGAGGAGAGGCGCCGGGCGCUCCCGCUCCUACUUUAUUAUUAUUAUAUUUAUAUUUAUUUUUGUCCCCGGUAGAACGAUAAGCGCUGCUCGUGAACCGCAGGACGCGGGGCGGGGGUGGCGGAUCCGCGGCGCUCCCCCCCCCGCUGUCUCUCCCCUCACCCCCCCCCCCCCCCAGCCGCGAUUUAAAUCCCCCAGCCGGAGCAGCGCGCACGGUGACGGGAUCCUCAGCCGGGAGCCGAGCCGAGCCGAGCCGUGCCAGAAGAGGAGCGGCAGCAGGGGCGGGUGGUGCCGGGCCAUGAGCUGGAGCGCCCGGAGCGGCGUGGCGCUGGGCUGCCGGGCGCGGCCCAUCGUGGACAUGUCGUACAGCCGCCACUUUCUGGAUUUCCAGGGCUCGGCCAUCCCCAGCGCCAUGAAGAAGCUGGUGGUGACUCGGCUGAGCCCAAACUUCAGGGAAGCGGUCGCCCUGCGGCACGGCGUGCCCGUGCCGCUCCCCGGGGACGGCGACCUCCUCGUCAGGAACAGAUUUGUCGGCAUUAAUGCAUCUGACAUAAACUACUCAGCCGGUCGAUAUGACGCAUCGGUUAAGCCCCCAUUUGACAUAGGCUUUGAAGGUGUUGGUGAUGUGGUAGCGUUAGGACUCAGUGCUAGUGCCGAUUACACGGUGGGCCAAGCCGUGGCCUACGUUAAAGCAGGUUCCUUUGCUGAAUACACAGUCGUGCCUGCCAAGCAAGCAGUGCCUCUGCCCUCUGUGAAACCUGAGUUUCUGACUUUAAUGGUAAGUGGUGCUACUGCAUACAUCAGCCUGAAGGAACUGGGAGAGCUGUCUGAAGGCCAGAAGGUCCUGGUGACAGCAGCGGCUGGAGGAACGGGCCAGUUCGCUGUGCAGCUCGCGAAGAAGGCAAAGUGCCACGUAAUUGGAACCUGCUCCAGCGAUGAAAAGGGUGGCUUUCUGAAAUCCAUUGGCUGUGACCGUGCAAUCAACUAUAAAACUGAAAGCAUUGAGUCUGUUCUUAGGAAGGACUACCCAGAAGGUGUGGAUGUAGUGUACGAGUCUGUUGGUGGGAAGAUGUUUGACUUGGCUGUUAACUCCUUGGCUACCAAAGGGCGCCUGAUAGUUAUUGGGUUUAUCACUGGCUACCAGAACCCUACUGGCCUCUCGCCUAUUAAAGCAGAGGUUUUGCCAGCAAAACUGCUGAAGAAGUCUGCCAGCAUCCGGGGUUUCUUCUUGAACCAUUACUUUUCCGAAUAUAAAAUGGCCCUGAAGCACUUGCUCAAGAUGUAUGAAAAAGGAGAACUGGUCUGUGAGGUAGACCUUGGAGACAUGUCUCCAGAGGGCAAGUUCACUGGCUUGGAGUCUGUAUUUCGUGCUGUAGAUUACAUGUACAUGGGAAAAAACAUUGGAAAAAUUGUAGUUGAAUUACCUCACUCUGUCAACAGUAAGCUGUAAAAACAGAACAAUGAUAUAAAUCAGAAGGGAGAAAAUGGGCACUUUAUGCCUCAGAAUUACUAGAACAAUUUCUUUCUUUUUUUUUUUAACUUAGUAAUGGAUAUUAAAUUAAAAAACAGCAUUAAGGUGUUAAUAAAGAGUUUUGUGGGCUUUUUCCUUCUUUUCUUGAAAGUGCCUUAAUCUGUGGCUGAAGCACGGACUUAACGGGCCUGUGUUUGAUUCCGUCACUUAGGCUAGCAUGAGACAGGAACAUUGUUCUUGACAGAAUAAGUUUUGAUGCAGAGGCAGAUUUAGUCUGUCAGACUAGUUUGAUAAGAUUUUAUAUAUAGUUCAGUUCAGAUUUUUUUUUCUUUCAGCAGAUUUGAUUCCCUGAUUUAAAAAUAAAGUAGUUAGAACAAGACUAAGUAGAAAGAGUCGUAUCAUGUGGCUGCUUUAUUAAAUACUCUCUUCAACUUUAUGGAAAAAAAUAUAUUCUUGAUUUUUUUUUGGUAACAAACACAAUAAUCAUAAUUUUGCAUCGUGGAUUAUAGUAAUAUUUCUUGACCAGUUACACAGGGAAAAUUUACCUUCCAAAUCUAACAUGGCAGUAAUAAUAAGAAAACCAACUUUUUUUUUUAAUCAUGUCAUUCAUAACUGUAAACAACUGUGACAUUUUAUUUUAAAUCUUUCACUACAAGCUGUGACUUUAUCUUAUUUUCUUGCACUUUAACCUGCUACUGUUAGUGUUUACCAUCGCACCGUCUCCGUUUAAUCAGUGUUACAAGACUGUUGGAGUGGGGUUUUGAGCCAUAUUCAUAUGUGUUCAGGCCCUGUAUAUUUUUUGAAGAUUUAAUAAAAUCAAAAAAGCUU